GGCAGGCAGGCAGAGAGUGUCAGAGUGGAGUGGCGCAGCGGAGUUUUUUGGCAACGAGCUAACGGGUCUGCAUGGACGUGUCUGUAUCAGUGGCUUCUCCUGAUCCGAGCACACGGCAGGCUCAGUUAAUGCAACGGUGGAUUCUUUCAAGGAGACUUUGGCUGCAAAGGGCGAAAUCCACAUGGCUUUUCUUACAACUUUGAGUCAGGAUUGCUACAAUUUUCUACGCUGAAGUUUUUUUUUUUCUUUUCGCUUAUUUUUUUUAACAUUACCUGAUAACCGCAAGUUUCUGCCGGAUUACCUCCCAAUGCCGUGACUUGAUUGUGUGCAGCUGAGGAUGGAGUGUUCGGUAGCGGAGGGGGACGAGGAGCCCAACCUGUGUAGGGGUGUUUGAGAUGGUGUGGGGGGCAGCCCCGAAAGAUGAGAAGGCAGAGAGAGAAACCAAUAGCGACAACGCUUCUGGCGCAAGGCAGGUACAGCAGCGACAGAUCCUACCAGGCAACCAGCAUCCAGAGUUUCGACAGCCUGACACACCCCAUACAGUACAGUUUUUUAAUUCCAGGCUCUUGAAUCCUCCAACUGAAGCUCAGUCAUUUGAUUGGUCAGCUGUGCAGGAGUCUGCAUUAUCUGGACAUCCUCUGAAUAGUCUUAAUCUACAUUUAAACCCAAACUUAGACCAAGAACCAUUGCUAAGCAACCAUCAUCUUAACGGCCCUUCAGACUUGGGACACAGACCGUUUUUGGUUGAUCAAGUGAAACAACACAAUUUGAAUUUUCUUCCAGUGAGCCAAAGGCACCAUCAGAUCUCAAUAGAAAAAGCAGAGAAGCAGACGAUCCCAGACCACAAGCCAAUAAAAUGUUUCAGUCCCCUGCAAAUUCCUGUCCAUUGUUGCUGGCAGAGACAGUGUCCUCUCCAUGGUGAUUGUACACAAGUGGCUCCUGAUCAGGAAAGCCAUGACUCAACCCAAGCAGUAAUACAGUGUAGUUUAAAUCUUGGUGUAGACAAGCAAGCAGUAUGUUCUGACAACCAUCUUGGACCUCAACUGUCAAGUCCCCAGCAUUCACAGCCAAGCCUUGUGCGAUCUUCUUCACAGCUACCAUGGAACAACUUUAAUAGUUCACCUACAGAUCCAAACAUUGAAGCAGUAAACCCGUUAACCCACUAUCGCACAUUUCGUGGCACUGAGCGAGAAACCAUCGAGAAAGCAGUGCAAACUCUAUUGGCUGGAGACAUAUACUGGGGCCCACUGCUGGUUGAGGAUGCCCAUCGCCUUCUACUGAAUACCAGAGUGGGUGUAUUUUUGGUUCGGGACAGCAUGCAGGGAAACCAUCUAUUCAGCCUAAGCGUGCGUACCAGUACUGGACCACGCAGCCUUCGAAUUCCAUUCAAAGAAGGACGUUUCUGGUUGAAAGACCUGAGCGCGGACUGUGUAGCACACCUCCUUGAAAUGGCUGUGGAGCGCACACGGACGCAGCCCCUUAAAUGUGAUGAAGGGAUUCAUAUUGUGCUCUCUAGGCCUCUCAGAAAAAGCCCACUGCCCAAACUUCAGGAGCUGUGCCGUCAGGCAAUAAUGGAAAGUUUGAGAGGCGCAAAAACAGAGGGCAGCUGGGCAGAUUUGAUUGCACAACUUCCCCUGCAGCCCAUGCUCAUCAAGUACAUUCUGGAGUUUCCCUUCAGACUUUAAAGAGUCCUCGUCAAGCAGUGGAUUCAGUGAUCUUUCUGCCUUUUUCAUUAUGCUGCCUAUGCUCUGGUGCCUUUUGAGCUUAAAGUGGACAUUUUGAUCUUCUGCAGCACAGCUUUUACAUAAUAAUGUGUAGCGUAGUCAAAAUCUGCCUCAAAAGCAGAAGGCUUCCUUUCAGUUUUGGGUUUUAUUUUGUUCAAACCUUUUCUUCUGUUGUGCCUGCAAAAUGUAGUAAAGUUUGAUUCUUUCACUGUAUAUCGUGAGCGUGCAGGGAUAUCACACAAUAAGAGCUGAACUAGUGUGGAUAUCUCCAUAUGAAAUUGGUUUUGUAAAGUAAUAAAGGGGAUCACCAAGAGAAAAUGAACAAGAAGCAUUUGCCUAAGACUUAGUGAGGUCUUUGCCUUUAUUGCAUUGCUACUGAUCUUUGUAAACAAUGCAGGUUUUCUGUACAUGCAAAAAUGUAGAUGUCAUUGGAAAGUUUAGUGUAAGAGGAACAGUGACAAAGACUAUGUUGGAGGGGCACACGGAGUGCUUUUGUUUUUCUGUAUUAAAUUGGCAAUUCAAGUAAUAUACUUACUCAUUAGUCAUGUCUACUGUGUAGCACCAUGACAAGAAGUGUUUCACUUUUUCUCUUCUCCUCUCCCUCUCUCUUUGAAUCUUUCACACAUCCUUGCAAAUGACAGACUGGGCUUUAACAGUGGAAUCUACAUUCAUGACUCAGGUUGUUCCACUCCUUAAUUUCUCAUUUCCACAGGCUAAUUGCUUUCUCCCCAUCAAAUGGGUUGGACAGAUCAGAGUGCCUAUAAAGCUUUGGUUUGUUAACUUGCCUGUUGCCAACAGUAGCUUCGACUGAUGCAAUGCACAAAAAUAACAUCAUUCUGUUGUACCAUUUUGCAGUGUGUGCUAAUAUUUUAUAUAUAUAUAUUUUUAUGGACAAUUUCAGCCUUUGUAAGCUAUACACCAGUAGAAAGCUAGUGCUAAUUUUGGUGGUUCGCAGUGAGAUGCGUUGAGAACAUUUCUAGCUUUUCCCAU